CACCAGAGAAGGAAGCGGAGUUUCCGGCUGUUUGCAGCGGAGGGAGAGGAUUGCUGACGCCGUGAAACCCCGAGAAAAAACACCGCCGGCUCGGGGGUUAAGAGAUAGUAGCUUUCUAGUGGUCGUUUUCUCUCGUGUCGUGGGAUUCUGGGGGGCUGGUGAGUUUUUAUUUCCACGGGCCGAGGGGGUCGGGCAGAGAACCGAGCUACGAAGCGGCACACGGCGGGAGUGAGCCACUAGCUACCGGCAUGGCACGGGACUACGAUUACCUCUUCAAGCUGCUCAUCAUCGGUGACAGCGGCGUGGGGAAGAGCAGUCUCCUCCUGCGAUUCGCAGACAACACAUUUUCAGGAAGCUAUAUCACCACGAUUGGAGUGGAUUUUAAGAUCCGAACAGUGGAGAUCAACGGGGAGAAGGUGAAGCUCCAGAUCUGGGACACAGCAGGGCAGGAGCGCUUUCGCACCAUCACAUCCACAUACUACAGGGGAACACAUGGGGUCAUAGUGGUAUACGACGUCACGAGUGCAGAGUCCUUUGUCAACGUCAAACGAUGGUUACAUGAAAUCAACCAGAACUGCGACGACGUGUGUCGAAUAUUAGUGGGAAACAAGAACGACGACCCUAACUCGAAGGUGGUCGAGACGACUGACGCGCAGAAGUUUGCUGAGCAGAUGGGAAUCAACCUGUUUGAGACGAGUGCAAAAGAGAACAUCAACGUUGAAGAGAUGUUCAACUGCAUCACAGAGCUAGUGCUAAGAGCCAAAAAGGAGGUGAUGGCCAAGCAGCAGCAACAGCAACAGAACGACGUGGUCAAACUCACCCGGAACAGUAAACGAAAGAAAAAGUGCUGCUAGCAAACUCGAAGCCAUCCUCAAAAGGCCGGCGGCGGCGUCUUCUUCACACACACAUGCAUACACAAUGGGACUCAGAGCAUCUAAAUUAAAGAGCAGAUUAAGAUUUAAUAAAUAUACAGUGAAAGAAUUAAAAAAAUAAAUGGAAAACAUGUCCCCUUUGGACAGACUAAUCACAAAGACUUUAAAAAUAAUGUACAGAUUUUAUCAGAUGUCAGAUCAAGUUUUAUUUGGAAUUCAGCAGAUGGGCACUAUUGACCUGAGGUCCUCCUUUCUUAAAGGAUCUGCAAGCUGACAACUGACCGCCAUAACUCCCAGAUUUAUAUCCACAUAAUCUGCAUAUUCCUCCACCAGUAUCUCAUCUCUCCUUCUCAUUCCACUGCACAUGGGACAUUCAGAGUCGGCUCAGACUCUGUGCCAGGGGAGAAGGAGGGCUCACCUCGUUUGGAUUCAUUUGUUUCUUUCUAGUUUUAUUUUGUGGGGGGGAGGGACAGGGCAGGGGGCUGUCUGAUUGGUCUUUGGCUCAAGCGUCUGAGUUAAAGGGGAGCUCCACCUCUCCACAGUUUCUGCAAUUCAGACACCUGUGUUACCUCGGCUCACGCUGACUGAUCACAAACUGCUAGAUUUUGUUUCAUUUGACCUGAUGGGGAAAAAGAAAAUAACAUGGAUGAUGAGGAUUGGUAGACAACCUUUAGCAACUAAUCUGAUGGACAGGCCUGGGGACUUCUCGUGUUUUUAUUUUUUCUUUGUCUCUGUUUUGCCAAGCUUCCCGCCCUCUCCCCUCUAACCUCUAGUAGUGCUGAGCCAAGAGUAAUUGAUUUUAAUUUCAUUCUUAUUUGUCUGUUUAUUAAAGUGCAGCAGAGCAGCUGAUCCGUUGUCUGAGCUCUCAGAGGUUCAGCUCUGACGGCAGCGGUCACUGCAGUCUUACUUCGCUUUCAAUGUCUGCUUUUAAACCCUUUCCUUCAUCUUUUUUUUUUUUUUUUUUUUUAAAGAAUGAUACUGCCAAUAUAGUAAAAAAAAAUAUAUAUAUAUCGGGAGCUCAGUGGCGCCUCUCAUUGGACUGUUGCCAUAGUGGCCCCUGGUCACCCAAGAGGCAGGGUGACUCGGUCUGAUUGGGCCGUGUUGAGUCCUCAGGAAGCGCUCAGGGCUAAGCCCCCUCCCACCCUCCACCUCUCUAGUUAUAAAUGUCUGCAGCCACCAGCCUUCUCCCCCCCACACCCACAUAUCAGCACCUCUAACAGCGAUGGACUCUCGCCUGUACCUGGUCACUGAGGGGCACGAGGAGGCUCUUACUCUGGAAGCCGGCCUCUGGGAGUUACGCCGGUGACCUUUGAUCCACAGCAAACUUGUUGGGCCUUGAUUUUUGAGCAUGUAACACUUUGUUUUAAGAGGUAUUUAAAGCCUGAAAUACAUUUAGACUGUGAAGGAUUUACUUUGUUUCCUCAGCUUGCGGAAUUUUUUUUAACAGUUAACUGAUGUUAAAAGUCUGAUGUCAUGUUAUAUGUGUUCUGCUCUUCUGUCACAACCCCCCCUGCUACCUGUUCCAGCAGACAGGGUUUUCUGCAUCCAUGUUGAGAGUGUGACAGACAGUGGGACGGUUGUUGUAAGAACAAAUGGGGAUGAAGUGCAGCACUGGAUCUCAGUGUGUUGGGCCCUGAGCUUCUCUCCCUCUCCACGUGCACCACCAGGGUUUGUCACAGAGGCAUCAUACAAACUGACAUAUUUUUCUAUUUUGAAUUGGGAGAGUAACAAAUGAAAAGACCUGCACACACUGGCUAAGAAUCUGUUGGAUAUGUCUAGUUGUCAUUGUCUCUGCAGACUCUGGCAGGCGGUGUGGGAGCCUGAUAAACGGCGAGAGGUCACUGUAAUGUCGGUGGCCCAGAGAUGGUGUCAAUUCUCACACUUUAUGAUUUCUAUUCAUUACGAGUAUGUGUAUAUAUAAAUAUAUUUGUGUGUUUAUAUUCAAUAUAGAACAUACACACAAAUUAGCACACCAAACUGUGCAUGUGUGAACAUGCCCCGUGUUCUAUGUUGAAACACACCUGUCAGCUGUGGUUUGCUGUACACUGGAGAAAAAGAGAUGUACUAUUCAUUUUUCCCGACAUGAAUUUAAUCAGUAAUAAACGUUUUAAAAGAAUAAAUAUUUGAUGCAAAAUG